GGCGGGUGAAUGAUGUCAUAUCCGUGAAGAAGGGUCCCUGAAGGCAGCCCGAAUUUUCGCUGCAUGCAUUCCCACAAACUUUUUUCCCUCCUUGCAGUGAGGAGGUUUCUCCCUGCUGCCCGGAUGGCACGCGUGACAGGGACGAGUGGAUGGAUGCGCCCACCUCUUUGCCAGGAAGUCACGGCUUUUACCACAGUGUAGUAGACGGGGUGACGCGGGCAUACGGACAAAAACUUGCGUGAUUUUUUUUUCUCCUGUUGUCGCGGAGGAAGUGGGGGAAAACGCUGUAGCCGACAGAAUGUGGCCGCUGUCCGUGGUCCUGAACCCGCUGAUGUUUCUGCUGCUGUUCGGCUACUGCCCGACAGUGACCAUCCGGCCAAAGGAAGGGUGGCAGGUGUACAGCUCAGCUCAGGAUGCAGACGGACGUUGCAUCUGCACGGUGGUGGCACCUGAACAGAAUCUGUGUUCUAGAGAUGCCAAAGGCAGACAGCUCCGUCAGCUCCUAGAGAAGGUGCAGAACAUGUCGCAGUCAAUCGAGGUGCUGAACCUGCGGACGCAAAGAGACUUUCAGUAUAUCAUGAGAAUGGAGAGCCAGAUCAAAGGAUUCCGGUCGAAGUUCCGGCAGAUCGAGUCAGACAGGAAGACGCUCGUCAACAAAAACUUUGAGGAGCUGAAGGGAAGGAUGGAGUCAUUGCAACCACUGAUCCCUGUCCUGGAGCAGUAUAAGACAGAUGCCAAGCUCAUUUCCCAGUUCAAAGAAGAGAUCAGAAACCUGUCCGGCGUGUUAAUGGGUAUCCAGGAGGAGAUGGGAGCCUAUGACUAUGAGGAGCUGCAGCAGAGGGUCGUAAACCUGGAGAAUAGGCUCCACAACUGCAUGAGCAAACUCACAUGUGGCAAACUGAUGAAGAUCACUGGGCCACUGACAGUGAAAACUUCAGGAACCAGAUUCGGAGCCUGGAUGACGGACCCACUGACCAAUCUCAAAAACAACAGGGUUUGGUACAUGGACAGCUACACCAAUAACAAGAUAGUAAAAGAGUACAAAUCCAUGGCAGACUUUGUGGCAGGAAUGGAGUCCAGAACCUAUAACUUGCCUUUCAAAUGGGCUGGAACCAACCAUGUGGUGUACAACGGUUCUCUGUACUACAACAAGAUGCAGAGUAACAUCAUUGUGAGGUACAGCUUCGAGACAGGCCGCGUGGUCACGCAGAGGGCGCUGGAGUUGGCAGGCUUCCACAAUGUGUACCCGUACACCUGGGGAGGCUUCUCAGACAUCGACCUGAUGGCAGACGAGCUGGGCCUGUGGGCGGUGUAUGCAACCAACCAGAACGCAGGGAACAUCGUCAUCAGCAAGCUGAACCCUGACACACUCCAGAUCAUCAAAACAUGGAACACAGAAUACUCAAAGAGGAAUGCCGGCGAGUCCUUUAUGAUAUGUGGAACUCUCUACAUCACCAACUCCCACCUGACAGGUGCCAAGGUGUACUACGCCUACUCCACCAAAACAUCCACAUAUGAGUAUACAGACAUUCCCUUUCAUAACCAGUACUUUCACAUGUCCAUGUUGGACUACAACGCCAGGGACCGUGCCCUCUACGGGUGGAAUAAUGGCCACCAGGUCCUAUUUAACGUUACACUUUUCCACAUAAUUAAAACUGAGGAUGACUCUUAAAGGAGGAACCUAAGCUGUAAAAGAAAACAGAAAACAUGAGAGGUUGUGCCUGAACAUUCUAAUUAAUUUUAUAUAUGUGUUAAUUUAUUUAAUAUUUCUUAUCAAUUUAUUACUUUUUCUUUUUUUAUGACUUUUACUGCCACUAGUUUAAUUCUUUAUAUGAAACAUAAGUUGAGAAAGAUGUAAUAAGGCAGCACAACAUGGAAAUAAAUUCAAAGUAUUUUGAAACCCACUGCAAACUCAUUCUGGACUAAAUGAUGGCACUUUAAUGUGGCAAUUUCGGCUUUGGCAUGUACAAAUGAACUGAAUAAUUUCUGAAGCUCCUGUUUCUUGAAUAAAAGCUUUUCCAAGAAGUAAGAAGUUAUGUUUAUAAUGGGUUCCUCAUUUAGUCAUUUAUUCACACUCCUUAAUUUAUUCACAUUUUGACUGUGUUCAUUAAUUGUUCGUUUUGUUUCUUUUCUGUCUUUGCCAUUAAUUCAUCACAAUCUGCUAAUUUAUUCCUGCUUUUCACUGCCUGCAUUUAGCUUUCAAUUUGUCUUUGUACUUUUCCUUUCAAAGUUUUGCACUUGACCUUGUACAAGACAGUGAGAAAUGUGGUGAACCAUGAUGCACCUGUAUAGUUAAUGUACUUCGCUUUUCUUAGUGUCUGUGGAGAUUCUCAGCCAUCAUGGUUAGGGAUAUCUUGAAGUACCAAGUCGAAGUACUUAGCAAAUACCAAAAUCUGGCUGCCUUUAACUUAGUACUCUAAGAUAUGAACUUUUUUGUAACUUCAGCAACAGUUUGUAUGCCUUAUUCAGUGCCGUUUGUUCUGUAAGCCUAAGGAAACCAGCUCUCGUGCAUGAAUGUUGGUAAUCCUAACGGCAUUUUUACUGUAACUCUGUGUAUUUUGUAUUUGCACAACACCCAAUUCUCCUCCAUUUGAGCUAUUCUCAUGGUACAGAUCCAUAUAUACACUGCAGUAAAUUAGUUUAAUAUGCAUUCAGUUGUGUAAAUAAGAUGUCAUUCAUAACAAAAAAUAAAGUAUUGUUUUCA